AUGGAACCUCAGCCAAGGGUAGAAAGCGAGCAAAGUGAUUAUCAAAACUCAGAAGAGACUAACUCCCUCCGUGAGCGAACAAAAAAUUUUUGUUGCUCAAGAAGGGGUUAAUUUUGUUUUAAAUGUAUAUUUGAAUUUUAUAGUAAAUUAUUUAGGAGCCCAAAUUGGAAAGCAAAUAUUAUUAAAUUUACAAAAUUUAUCAAGUUGUUUAAAAUUAAACAGAAUUAACUAUAGAUUUCAUUAAACUAAUUAUCACUUACAUAUCACAAUAUUUUUUCAUAAAAAAUGUUUGUUUCUCUCACUUAGAGCAAAAAAUAGGGAUUUUUCCAAUGGUUUUUUCGCUCACAGAGAGGAGUAAAGAAAUCAAAGCAGCUCGCUCACUCGAACUUGAACAGUCAUUAAGGAAUUUUUCUGGAUCAACUCGAUUCGGACAAACAGAAAUCGGAAAACCAAAAGUUGGCUUUCCCUCCUACAAAGUAGUAGUCCCGCUUUCUCUCUCCACAAGUUUGGUAUUUGAUUUAUUCAAAAAUGCCUGCAAUAAGCAUAAAUUCCAAAUUUCAGAGCAAACUCAGUCAUCAAUUACAGCUGAGCAGCAACCAUCAUCAUCAAUAAGAAAUUUGUUUUCUUGUAUAGUUCCUAUAAGUGAAGAAAGAAAGUCUCGAAACACCUCAGAAGUAAAAUUACUUAUAGCAGUCAAUGAAAGAGCUUGUACACGAGUUGUUAUAGCUAAAGGAAGCUCUGGUGUACCUAACAAAAUUCUCCCAAUAAUUCAAACAUUUAGAGAUGCUUUAGAAAAAGCAAUAAUGAAGGAGCAGCCUUCACCAUUAGAAAGGAGCAGCAGAAUGCCGAGUGAAUGAGAAGAAAUUGAGCCAGUUUUGACGAGCAAAUUAGAAAGCAGCUCUUACUACCAAUUUUCAAAAGUUUUGAGCAGCCAGCAAUAUGGAGUUGGAAAAUUAGUAGCAGAAUUUAUUGAAAAAUUCAAUGAUGACUAUGAAGACUUGGUAGAAGGCGCUGCCUUAGUUCCAAAACCUUUAGAAGACGUAAAAAAAAUCAUUGAAGAAACCGUUGAAGCCUUAUUUACACAUUUCAAUCUAAGCAACACUUCAAGUCAAAAAGUCAUGCAAUUCUGCCGGCCUGCAGUUGAGCGAUAUAUAUAUUCUAAACUCAUCAAGCAAUUACUAUCAAUGUACGGGCUAAAAUACCAGUCCAUAAAUCAGCGUUUCCAAGAUCGUAGAGAUUUUUUCCAUACAAAGAUUUCACAAGAAUUAAUGCAAAGUUUAGAAGUACAUUCUAUUUAGCUUAAACAAAAAUACCGGUUAAAUUCGAGUGAGCCGCCUUAUAUCCAAGCUAUCGAAACUUUAAAUUCGAUAGGGAUCCAGCAUACUCCAUUAGGGAAAAUUAACUGUUUAUUGCAAACAGCAACUCUGAUGAAAACGGCAGUCGUUGAUUACUGGAAAGGUAAAGAAGAGUUGGAAACAAUGGAUGAUCAAUUGCCUGUGAUCAUUUAUAUCGUUUCACAGACAACUGUUCAAGAUUUACCAUCAGAUUUAAAUUUCUUACAAGAUUAUAUACAUUUAGGAUUUGGGUUUGACAAUGAGCAGCGACUAUUAAUUAAUUUUGAUGGCGCUGUAAAAUAUAUUGCCGAUGAAUGGAAUUUCUAG